AUGUAAUUAUUAACAUCAUUUACAAUCAAUACAGAUAAUAAAAAUGCAUAAGCAAAAUCAACUAAAACUUAGAAUACAUAAAUAUUCAAAGUGCAUUUUUAUCCAAAAUAAUAUGUUAUAGAAACAAAUUAGAAAACAAUAACAAUAGAUAAACAUCUGAUAAUUGAUAGAGAUAAUGGAAAUUUAUAUGAGAAAGGUAUUUAAUAUAUAUAUACUUUUAUAUAUAGAUGGAGCACCACCAUAAAGUGAACAUUAAUAGAUGGCAUUUUCAGCUUUCUUAGGAACAAUAUAUAUUUUAGAUAAACCAUUUUUAUUAUUAGUAGAUGAGGCUGAAUUAAUUUGCACAAUAGAUGAAUAGGAUAUAUUUUAGAUUGCUUCAGUAGCAUUUUUACCUUAUGAGCCAAAUGAAAAAAUUGUUUAAUCUGCAAAAGCAAAUGAAAUUUUAAAAAUGAUAGGACAUUUAAGAAAAUUAUUAGUAAUGGGAUUUUAUUUUUCUUAUGGAUAUGAUUUAACAUUAUCAAAAGUAAAAUAAAAGAUAGAAGAGAAAACUGAAGAAAAGUUUUUAUGGAAUUUGAAUUUAAUUAGAAAUCAUUUAAAACAAUAGAUUGAUAGGAAAUGGUUAACUAAUAUAAUAUAAGGAUUUAUCAAUUAUUUUUAUUUGUAUAUAAAUGGAAAGAAAUUAGAUUUUUAUUUAAUUAGUAGAAGAUCUUGUAAAAGAGCAGGUACAAGAUAUAAUGCUAGAGGAAUAGAUGAUGAUGGAAAUGUAGCUAAUUUUGUAGAAACAGAAUAAAUAAUAUAUUAUAAUAACCAUUGUUGUUCUCAUUUAUAAGUAAGAGGUAGUGUACCUAUAUUUUGGAAUUAAAGAGGAUUAUUAACAGAAACUAAAUUAAUGAGAUCAGCAGAAUUAACUAAAAGUGCAUUUAAAAAACAUUUUAAAGGUCUUAUAGAAGAUUAUUCAAGAGUAAUAUGUUUAAAUUUAAUGGCUAAAAAAAAGAGUGCAGAAUAAAUGGUAACCGAAGGAUUUGAGGAAUAAGUUAAAUUAAAUACUGAAGAAUUAAAUGGAAAUAUAAAAUAUGAAUGGUUUGAUUUUCAUCAUGAGUGUAAAAAUAAUGAUUUUUCAUAAUCCAAUCCAUUAAUACGAAAAUUAAUGGAACAUAUAAGAAAUUUUGGAUUUUAUUUAGAAGAUUUAAAAACAAAAAAAGUAUUAUCAGUUUAACAUGGAAUAUUUAGAACAAAUUGUAUGGAUUGUCUUGAUAGAACUAACUUUAUUUAGACAAAGAUAGCAAUGAGUGUUUUUGAUUUAUCAACAAAAUAAUUAGGUGUAGAUUUUUAAAAUUUAUUAAAAAUGUCUCCAAUAGAAGCAUUAGAUGAAGAUUCUAGUAAAAUAACAAAUUAUUUUAUUUAAUAUUUUAAAAAUAUAUGGGCAGAUAAUGGUGAUAUGUUAUCAAUACAAUAUACAGGUACUGGUUCAACUCAUACUAAUAUAACAAGAACAGGGUAAAGAGAUAUAACAGGUACAUUAGAUCAUGGAACUAAAUCAUUAUUGAGAUUUGUAAAUUAAAAUUUUGUAGAUAAUGAUAAAUAAGAAACAAUUGAUAUCUUAUUAGGUAAUCAUGCUGAUAUUACUGCAUCAUAUAGUAAAUAAAUAGAUGAAAAAUUAAAAACAAGAUUAUAAGAAUUUUGUAAUUUUUCUGAAAGAUCUAUAUUAGUAGUAACUUGGAAUGUAGGAGGAUAAACUGUUCCAUAAUCAUAUGAUUUAAAUAAAUAAAUAAUAGAUUAUUCUGCAGAUAUUAUUGUAAUUGGAUUAUAAGAAAUGGUUACAUCUGGAACAGGAUUAGUUGUAGGAUCAUCUUAAUAUUUAUAAGAUUGGGAUAAAUUGAUUGCAACUAAUUUAAGAUAGAAAGAUAAAUAUAUUUAUAUUAAAUCUAAAGAAUUAUUGGGAAUGGGAUUAUUUAUAUAUGCUAAAGAGAGAUUUCAAGAUAGAAUAACUAAAGUUAGUUAUGAUACUAUUAAACUGGGUUUCUUAGGAUAGAUUGCUAAUAAAGGAGCAGUUGUUAUUAAAAUGCUUAUUGAUGAUACAUUAAUAUGUUUCAUUAAUUGUCAUUUAGAACAUGGAUAGAAAAGUCUAUCUACUAGAUUAUAAAGUCUUAAAGAUAUUCAUUAAAACAUAUUUAAUUAAAUUGGUAUUGGUAAAAAAAAAGAAGAAAAAAUUGAAUAAUGUGAUUAUCGAAUUUUAUUUGGCGAUCUAAAUUUCAGACUUAAUCUUGAAGCAGAUAAAGUUAUUACAUCUACUUAAAGACAUAAAUUAUUUAUUGAUUAAAGUAGAAUUCAUGAAGCCAAAGAAAUUCUUUAGUAUAAAAAUAUAUAUAUAUAAUUAUAGACAAUUAUAAAAAUACGAUGAAAUCUUAACCAAUAGAGAAUAGAAUUAAUAUUUAAAAUAAUAUAAAGAAGCUGAUAUCAAUUUUCUACCUACUUAUAAAUUUGAACCAUAUUCUAAUAUUUAUGAUAAAUUAAGAACUCCUUCAUGGACUGAUAGAAUCUUAGUAGGAUAACAUGAACAUUGUGAACAUAAAUAUUAAUAUUACAAAUGUCAUGAUAUUAACUAUAGUGAUCAUAGACCAGUUAGUGCACUUAUCAAUCUCAAAACCAGAAAAGAAAUUGCAGAAAAAAAAUCAGAUGUCAUUUCAUCAAUUUAUAAAACUGAAUCAUGAUAUAAU